AUGCUUCGGCGCAUUCGAGCCAAGCUCCAUCCUCCUUCCCUCAUAUCACCUUCAUUCCGACUUUAUUCUUCCGCCGCUCUGGCUAAAGUGAGAGACAAUGACGAUGAACAUGAACAUGAACCAUACGGUACAGAUUACGGUGCAGGCCCAUCACGUAUCCCUUAUCAAUCACACCACUUUACUUCAUCCGACUUCCGUCAUGUCCAACCUGUUUCUGCACAAUCACAUCCGCAUCCGCCAUUCCCCUCGUAUAUCACCGUUCGACUACUUCGAACUCAUUUGGAUAAACAAAGCCAUGGGAGUUAUGCUCAGCUUGAUAUAUUCCUCAGAACCAUCUUUCAAUAUCCUCAAGCUUGGAAUUCACCAAAGGGGGGAUCACUAAUGCAAGAUUUCAACACUAUGACUCGCCUCGAAUUACACGUUUUGAUCCAUCACUUGAUUCGCCAUCGCAAAGGAAAUUUAGCAGCGGGAAUCGCAUGCGGAGUAUUAAGUGCUACGCCAAGACAUAAAAGAAGAAGAGUGUUCUGUUUGAAAACGUUAGAUCUGUUAUUUCGAGAUAGAUCAAUAUAUCGUAUGGUUUCAGUUGGAAGUUUCACCCCUAAAUCCACGUCCUCAGCUCCGUCCAAGAUGAUGAACCCAUCUUUAGAAGAUCAAACGACUUGUACUCCAGGCAGAGAAUUAAACGUUCUUCUAGAUAUAAUGGAUUCACUGCAAGAUGUACGAUAUACAAGACCUUUCAGUUUAUACGAAUUGAUCAUUCGACAAUGUGUAGCAGAACAUUUAUUCGAUUUAGCAGCUAAAGUUUAUGUUGGAUUAGUCGAAGAAUGGGUCACAGAAGGUAGAGUCGCACACGGUGCUGAUCCAGAUGACUUUCAUCCAGGUGGUGGUCCACCUAGAAAGAACAAUACUGAAAUAGAUCGUAAACAAAAAAGAAAAACACUUUCUGUUUUAUUAGGUCAUUGGUGGACAGGUGUUAGAACAUGGAGAUUACCAGGUGAAAUCUUGUCACCACAUGAUAGAUUGGACCUAUGGCAUCCAAAACAAUUAUCUCUAGGUGAAAAAAUGAAAAAUUUCCCUUUACCAAUAGCCACCUCACCACCUUCGUUAGUACCUCAACCGAAAACGCUAUUGUUGAACGCGAUCGUAAAAUCACUUUUAUUGGAUCCAAGAACAGCUUCACCCAAAGAUUUCGCUAGUUCAAUGAGAGCUUUAGCUAUUUUAGCUAAUACAGUAUUAUCAAGGACCUUACCGAUAGUGGCUUUGGGUCGUUUGCUUCAAGCUUUCAAAACAGCUCCACAUAAACCCGAUGUCUAUCCCGAUAACAUAAAGACUAUCCCUCAAGAUAACGCAUGGGCGUAUACGUCUUUUACUCAGAUACACGUCACUCUCAUGUCACUUCUUUUCUCCCCUCCAAUAUCUUCUCAUUCUAUGCAACUUAUAGCGGAAAAUCAAGACAUCGACCAUGAUUCAAUUGAAGAUAGACCAAUCGCAGAAGCCAUGAACCAAUACAUGUUACCACCUCUAUCCUGGUCAUCGUGUAUGAUCCUCGUACGGUACGCUUUCGAAAACCUACAACGACCAUCCCUUUUGAAACGAUUCAUGGUCUAUAUGAAACAGUUAUUCAACUCAGGUGGGAAGGAUCCAGAGGCUUUCAAUACUUUGUUAAAGGGUUCCUCCGCUUUACAAUUGAACUCACUUGCUUCUCAAGCUGAUUUAGCCUUAUUCGGUGAACAAACUCAUGAGCGACCUUCCCAUGCGCCGACACCAAGGAAAGACCGACGAUUCUUCUUCUCCUCUCAGAGAAUCGAAAAAGGGGAACAACAACAGGCAGAUCAAGGGAUUAAAGAUGAUCCAAGGAAUAUCGAAGAUUUCUUAAAAACCGAAUUUGAGAUCGGUGCGGGUCCGUUACCGAAUGAAGAAUCCAUUGUCAACCUCAUCAAUCAUUUAACGGCUUCGAGUCAAUUCCAUAGGUUAGAGGAUUUAGCGUAUAUCUUGGAACCAUAUUUGGAUUUCUCAAAAUCGAUGUCUCCGGAAGAAGUGCAAGUCAGAUUACAGAGAAACGAUUUGACACCUGGUCAAAGUGGACGUCCAAGAUCACAACCUCUAAAUCAUGGUAUAUAUAUCGCUUUGAUCCGUGGAUUGGAAAAAUCUGGUUCGACAGGAUUAGCACAAAGAAUAUUCAAUCUGGCACUUCGUUCAGAAAGAGAAAUGACCAGGAAAUUAUUAAAAGUGAAUCCAAAUGCUAUCAUACCUAAAGAAGUCAGAUUCCCAUUAGAAGGAUACAGGUUGAUGAUUGAAGUGUGGAGUAAUGAAUGUAGAACAAUCAAAAGAUCAGAUAAACAACCUACGUCUAAAGAAGUACCGAUAGGCUGGAUGGUUCCUAAAGAAUAUGAAAGAUUGCCUAGAGGAGUAGCAGCUGGAUAUAUGACUCUGGUUACUCAUCAUUUGGCGAAAAUAUCUCAUGACAAUAAGAAAUUCCCUAAACACUAUUAUACUAGUCUAUUAAGGGCUUGUAGAUAUAGGUGGAAAUUAGCUGAAGAUAAACAGUUAUAUACUGGAUUCAAGUCAGAGGUAAAAGAGAUUAUUCAAGAUAUUGAUCAAGCAGGAUUGGAAAUCCCAGAUGUUCUAAUAGCGAAAUUACAAGGUAGAAGAGAAGGUGCAACGUUUAGGUGGAAUAAUCGAAAGCCUAUUCGUCAACUUCAGACAGAAGAAGGAAAGUUGUUGGAUAGGAUGAUGGGUGGAAGAGGAAUAGAGAUUCUCCAAGAGCAGGAGCAUGACGUUCCAUGGGAAAGUUCGUCUCAAUAA